AUGGUUGUGUUGUUGGACGAGGCUGGCAGAUGUGUGGGGGUGGCUGUUCCGCCUGAUCAUACUAAAGAAGAUGGGAUAUUCUUAUCACCCCCUGAUCGUGCAUUGGCUGGCCUGAAUGAUGCCAUUAGGGAGUGCAAUUGGAACGAGGCCAAGGACGAAAUCGUGUACACAACUGUUCCCCCACUUGGUCCUCUUCAAACUCCAAAACCCCUGGAUAUGGACAACAAAGGCGAAAUCCGAGACCCCAAACCUAAAUCCACCCCAGAAGAAGAACCGCCAUCACAGAAUUCCGCCACCCCUGCCCAACAAUCCAAACCCCCUCGCCACCCUCCAAAUUGCAAACCCAAGGCAGCCCUGCCACCGGAAGGCUUUGAAGCCCUGGCGCCAAAAUGCAAAUCCGAUGCAGACCCUCCGAAUCCCAAAUCUACUCAAGGCAAAGCAAAAAAGAAGUGUAAAACAUCCAAAGAUGUGGAGGACAACAACCUCACCAAAGCCCACCCCGACCCUCUUCCACUGCCAAAACCGCAACUCAAUACCAAAGGAAAAAAUACGAUUUCCUAUCAGCCUUAUGGAUAUGGACUGGGAGACGUAUGGACCUCAAGAUCCAAGUGA